AUGUCGGACUUUCAGAUCAUGAACGAGGCGUACGCCAGAAACAUGCCCGCUGGUGUUAUGCCCGUACGCACCUGUGUGGCGGUCAAGGAACUGCCCUUUGGCUCGGAUGUGGAGAUCGAGUGCAUCGCAGCAUCGGAAAAAGCACAGUAA